CUAAUGUAUUAACGCUAAUUAAUUUAUUUCCAGCUUGUUGUUUUACUUUAAAAAAAUGGCGACCCCGGGAAAAUAUACAUAUGCCUCAGUUUUGGUUGUUUUGCUGUGUGUGUGCGGUGUUUCUUUAGCUCGGGAAAAUGCUGUAGAAACUCAGCAAAACGUUGGACUUACAAUAAAAUGCGGAGAAGUCAAAGUGACACUAACCAUUAAGCGUCUGCUUUUCGACGAGAGACGUAUUCCGUUCAAACCUGAGUAUCUUCGACUGGGAACAAAUUCAACACAGCAGGACGCCUGUGGGCCAAAACAGCCGACGUCUGAGUCUGAAAUGGUCAUCAGUGUAGGGCUCCAGGAAUGUGGGACCAAGUCCAGUGUUUAUGGUGAGUGGCUUGUGUACUCCAACCAGCUGAUGCUGUUUCCCGCUGUGGUUCCCAUCUCUACAGGCAGUGUGAUAGUUAAAGGGGCAGCUUCUGUCAUACCUGUGGAGUGCCAUUAUAAGAGGAAGCAGACAGUGAAUGGAGAACCAUUAACCCCAACCUGGCUACCCAUGAUCUCCACUAUCAGUGUCUUUGGCCUUCUGCACUUCUCCCUUCGAACCAUGACAGAUGACUGUACCUCGCUGCGUAGUUCCUCAGUUUACCAGCAGGGAGAAGCAGUGUUUCUGGAAGCCAGUGUGGAGGCCCCGCUGCACCCUCUUCUCACUGUAUAUGUUGACUACUGUGUCGCUACGCUGAGGCCUGACCCUCUCUCCUUGCCAAGUUACAAGUUUAUCACUAAGCACGGAUGUCUCAUAGACAGUGUAUUGCCUGGGUCUUCAUCUAAAUUCCUUCGUCGGAAGCAAGAUAACAGACUCUGCUUUAGUGUCCAAGCCUUCCACUUCAAGCAGGAGUCUUGGGAACAGAUUUUCAUCAGUUGCCACCUUAGGGCCACUCUGAAACAAAACUCACGUACCCACUUUGACAAAGCCUGCUUCUUUCACAGGCCCACAUUCAGUUGGCGUUCCACAGAGGGAGACAAUGCUCUGUGUGAAUGUUGUGAUGCUAAUGACUGCUUUGGGCAGACUGGCGAGGAGAACAGUGGUCACACUGGACACCAGCAGGACUGGACAACUCACCCAGAAACAGAAAAGAAGCAUGAGGAGGACACAACAAUUGGGCCACUUUACACCCUGCCACACUACCAUUGGACAGGCCGUCUGUCAAUCACUAAAGAGUCUUUUCCAGCUUUACCCUAGUACCAGCAGGCUGUUGUGUGGAGCUGACUAAGAUGCAACUGGAGAAAAAACAAGGUGCAAAAGCGAAAGGCUUAGUUGGAUGCAAAACAAUACGUGGGUUUCAGUCAGAACAGCAAGGUUGGAUCAGAAUACUUUUUAAGGCUUUCUUUUGGUGUAAAUGGAGAAAUAAAAAAGGUAAAUAAGAGGAAGGCAAAGGGGAGAUGUUGAGCCUCAAAGAAUGCUCAAGUGUUUUUACUCUCACUUCCCAUGGCUGUAAAUUUCUAAAGCACACAGUCACUGGAGUAAUCAGAUUAUCACUUUAUGUUAGACAAUUGUUUUAUUGUGUAUCAUGAUUAUGUGGCCAGUUGUUGGACAUGAAUUUGUAAAUAAAUCAACCAAACCAAAGA